UCUUCUCUUCUCUUUUGCGCGGCAAUUGUUGUAGUUAUGAUGAUGCCCUCAACCUCAAGCAUAAUCGCCGGAGAAGAAUCGGACUUUCCACCGCUGGCAAGUGCUUCCGGUGAAUCUUCUCUCUCCGAUAUGACUCAGACAGUUCAUUUUUCCUCUGGAAACCCUAGAAUCGGAGAGACUCGCGGCGUAAUGCAUCUGUUUUCCGACGAUGCCGUUUCGUCGUCGUCUUCUUCCUCAUCGAAUCUUCCUAUUGGGAGGAACCCUCUUGUUUGCGUUCUUGGGGUGCCGAACCAUAUGACAUAUGCAGAUUUUUGCCAGUUCUGCGGCUCCUUUAUUCAGCACAUCCUGGAAAUGCGAACGGUGAGGAAUGAUGGGAUUGAAAAUAGAUACAGCAUUUUGAUAAGGUUUGAUAGUCAGGAAUCUACCGAUACAUUCUACCAUCAUUUUAGAGGGAAACGGUUCAAUUCUCUCGAGGAAGAUGUCUGUCGCCUGCUUUUUACUCUAGAUGUUCAGUUUACCGGUUACAGUGGAUCUAUUGACCAUACACAACCUUCUGCUGCCGGCCCGAUAGAGCAACCUACUUGCCCGGUUUGUCUCGAGAGAUUGGACCAAGACACAGGUGGCAUUCUCACAACCAUGUGCAAUCAUUCCUUCCAUUGUUCAUGUAUUUCUAAUUGGCCAGAUUCUUCUUGUCCGGUAAGGCUCUUUAAUCAUUUUCAUGCUAUUUUUUUAGUCUGGUGUCAAUUUUCUUCAUGGGGUGUUGUUUUUUGUUUUCAGGUUUGUCGAUAUUGCCAACAGCAACCUGAAAAUUCAGUGUGUUGUGUUUGCCAAACAACGGAGAAUCUCUGGAUGUGUGUUAUCUGCGGAGUUGUUGGCUGCGGAAGGUACAAGGGAGGACAUGCCAGAAGCCACUGGGAGGAGACGGAUCAUUGCUACUCACUUGAGCUGGAAACACAGCGUGUUUGGGAUUAUGCUGGUGACAAUUAUGUUCACCGGCUUAUUCAAUCCAAAACUGAUGGCAAGCUAGUGGAGUUGAAUUCUCACGGUAGUCUGAGCAAGGAUGGUUGUGGAAGCUGUGAAUAUUCUGACAGUGGAAUUACUGAUGCUCUCUUAAACAGCAAAGUAGACAUGAUCAUUGGUGAGUACAACGAACUUCUCCAGGCACAACUAGAGAACCAAAAACAAUAUUUUGAGAAAUUGCUACAAAAUGUCAAAGAGGAAACCGAACAGAAAGUCUCAGAAGCUGCGAGCAAGGCAAUAGGCCAGAGACUGCAGAAGCUGCAAACCAGGCUUGACAGAUGUAUCAAAGAGAAGCAAUUUCUUGAAGAUCUGAACGAAAAUCUUUUGAAAAAUAAGGACGUAUGGAGCACCAAGAUUACAGAACUGGAAGAAAGGGAGAAGAAGGCGGUGCAGGCAAAGGAUGAAAAGAUUCAGUGCUUGGAAGAACAGCUUGGAAAACUAAUGGCCCAGAUGGAUGGUGAUGAGAGUGAAGUCUCAGAGUCAAAAGAGAUCAAGGAUGACGGUACGGUGUUGCCCAUAUCUACCAAUACUACAUCUUCCUCGGUGUCUGGGAGUGUUGUACAUGCAAGUAAAAAGAAGAGUAACAGAAGAAAGUGUUAAAUCAAUUAAGACCUUUAGUGUCUGUAACCAAACCUUAGUUAGUUUCAACGACAACUUCGAUAUGGUCUUAAUCCUAAGCUAGUAGACUAUUAUAUGGUCAAGCAAUCUUAGGGCUGUGAAUGUCUAGAUCUAACGAUUUUCGUUGUGUGUGGUAAUGAGAAUCUUGACUUGGGGUUAUUGUCCCCAUUGCA